AUGCAGAGUUGGGUGCCGUCGCCGUGCGGGUCUGUGCCGCGUACUGGAGCCGGACACAUCGACGCAGUUAAAUACGGCGCGGAUGCUGCAAACAAUCUUGUAGCCGCGGCGCGGCGGUGGCGGGCGCCUUCAGUUCCUGCCUUCAGGCUCCUCGCUGCAAAUACACCGUUUCCAGCAGGAAUUUCAAGUGCACCAAGGGUGGAAGGGCCUGCUCUUGGUACAGCUAGUGCACCCUUCUACAUAAUAGAGAACGGCCUAUUUGAAAAGCACCUUCUGCUUACCUGUCGAAGCUUUAUAGUUACUGUCUUCACACUAUAUGGCAUAAAAGUUUUGGUUACUAGUAUUGAUAAGGCUGCGGCUGAGAGUUCCGGCGACAAAGAAUUCACUGGUUCGAAACAAGUGGCUACGGAUUUAGGCACCAAAUUAAGCGACGUACAUGGGGUUGACGAAGCCAAAGCUGACCUUGAGGACAUAGUUCACUACCUACGAGAUCCUAAGCAUUUCACUCGCCUUGGUGGCAAGCUUCCAAAGGGUCUUUUGCUUGUGGGCCCACCCGGCACAGGGAAGACCAUGUUGGCAAGAGCUGUGGCCGGGGAAGCCGGCGUCCCUUUCUUCGCUUGCAGUGGCAGUGAUUUUGAGGAGGUGUAUGUGGGCCUUGGGGCUAAGAGAGUGCGGGAGCUCUUUCGUGCAGCAAAGAAGCGAUCUCCUUGCAUAGUAUUCAUCGAUGAGAUCGAUGCCGUUGCUGGGCGCAGAAACGCGUUAGACCCGUCGUGGGCGAGGCAGACCAUGAACCAGCUGCUUUCUGAGAUGGAUGGCUUCAAGCAGAAUGACGGGGUCAUCGUGAUCGCUGCGACCAACUGCCCAGAGUCGCUAGAUCAAGCCAUCGUCAGGCCUGGGCGUCUUGAUCGUCAGAUCCAUGUUCCUACUCCAGAUGUUGAGGGCCGACGUAAGAUCCUGGAGGCUUACAUGUCAAAGGUGUGUAAAGCUGAGGGUGUGGAUGUGAUGACCAUUGCGAGGGGGACGCGUGGGUUCUCAGGUGCAGAUCUUGCAAAUCUAGUGAAUGACGCCGCUCUCAAGGCUUCCAGGGAUGGUGCAGAUGCUGUUGGGAUGGAUCACCUUGAGUACGCCAAGGAGAAGAUCCUCAUGGGCAGUGAGCGCAAGUCGAUGGUGAUAUCUGAUCAAUCCAGGAAGAUGACUGCGUACCACGAGGGUGGGCACACCCUUGUUGCUAUCCUCACGGACGGUGCUGACCCUGUCGACAAAGCCACCAUUAAUCCCAGGGGAAAUGCUCUCGGCAUGGUGACGCAACUGCCGGGGGAAGACAGCGAGCUGGAACUCUCAAGGAAGCAGAUGCUCGCAUCACUGGAUGUACUCAUGGGAGGGCGGGUUGCUGAGGAGCUUAUAUUUGGAGAAUCCGGGGUCACCACUGGUGCCUCAUCUGACCUAAGCAAGGCAACUCAAUUGGCGAAAGACAUGGUCACCAGGUAUGGUAUGAGCAAGUUGGUAGGCCUUGUUUCCUAUGCCAACAACGGUGAUGGUGGCGAUGGCAAGAUGACGGCCCUGGUUGCUGAGGAGGUGAAAGCAUUAUUGGACAACGCUUACAAGAAUGCCAAAGCGAUUCUCACGGAGCACGAGGAGGAGUUACAUGCGCUAGCCAAUGCCCUCUUGGAGCAUGGAACUCUCACUCGUGACGCUAUCGUGAAACUAGUAUUGACAGGACAGGAACCAGAUGAUCGUAACAUUAGCCAGCAGAAUCAGGAAACACCUUCAUUAACUGUUGGCGACAUCACAAAUCUAGCAUCGACAGAAGAACAAGUAGAUGAUCUUGACAAUUGUCAGCAGGAUCAGGGAACAUCUUCUCCCAUUGGUGAUGAGAGUACCAAACUAGUAUCGACAGACAAACAAGCAGAUGGUCAUAUCAAUAGCCAGCAGGAUCAGGCAUCACCUUCUCUCACCGGUGACGAGACCAAGAAACUUGUUUCGACACAACAGCAAGAAGUAGGCGAUGCUAACAAUGGUCAGGGGAAGACCUUCUUCUCCCUAGCCGCGGAGGCGCUUCCAAAAGUAGCUUUGCUCCUGGUACUUGUGUUGCACGAAUGUGAAAUCAUGUAGCGCCUGGAUUUCUCUGACUAGUGUUUCUCAAGUGUGUUGAU